AUUUUAACUUUUUACAUUCAUUACUAAUAAAACAAUAAAAUAUAAAAUGAAAAAGUAACUGACACUUUUAUCUUAUGACAGUUAGAAUGUCAAAGUCAAAUCUUCUACUUUUAUGUCUUGUUUUUUGGUUAAAGGAUAUGUAGCUGAAUAGCAGACUUAAUUAUUUUUAUGGCCAUUGAUCCAGGAAUAUUCGAACAAUUUAUAUAUUUGAGUGACAUAUUUUUAUUUUGGAUUGUAGUUUUAAAAUAAUAUGCAAUACACAAGUUAUUAGAUCUAUAAGUAUUAUUUCUUGUCACGAUGAAUCCAUUAACGAAUAUGAAAAAUGUCUUGAAAUUAAGUGCCAAUGAAUUGGAUAGAAAGAACAAAACUUCAUGGCAUGAUCAAUACAAAGAUAGUGCUUGGAUAUUUAUUGGAGGAUUGCCCUAUGAUCUAACUGAAGGAGACAUUAUUUGUAUAUUUUCUCAAUAUGGGGAAAUUGUCAAUAUCAAUCUUAUACGUGAUAAAGACACCGGAAAAUCAAAAGGAUUUUGUUUUCUUUGUUAUGAAGAUCAGAGAUCUACAAUCUUAGCAGUCGAUAAUUUUAAUGGUAUAAAAAUUGUAGGAAGGAUAAUCCGAGUAGACCAUGUAGCAGACUACAAAGUUCCAAAGGAAGGCAAAAAAACCGAUGAGGAAACUAAAGAACUAAACUUAAAAGGAUGCGCCCCUGAAUAUAUUUCUAUUGUUAAAAAAAGUCCUCCAAGAGAUUACCGAGAAACAAUAGCAGAUCAAAUAGAAGCAGAUAUAAAACUACCACUUAGGUUACCUAUUUACCCUAUAAAAACGGAAAAUGAUGAGGUUAAAGUAAAGAAAGAGCCUGAAUCUGAAACAGAAAAAAAAUCGAAUUCAAAGAAAAAGAAGAAGAAAAGUAAAAAUACUAGCAGUGAUGAGGAUGAAAGACAAAAAAAAUAUAGGCAUAAAAAAAGUAAGAAAGCAGGAAAAUGUGAUUCAGACACAUUGUCAAAAAAAAGUAAAUAUAAUAAUCAUUAAGUCUUUGCAUAAUCUUUUACAAAUAAACAUAUAUCAACUUAAAA